GGCCAACGCUGCGAUCCGAGUAUUAUCGGGUAACAGAGAGAGAAUUUAACAAAUUUAACCCAUUUGACAAAUCAGUGGUGUUGCUCGGUGGGUGUUGUUGAAGUGUUAAGUGAAGAGUGUUUCAGUUAUUGGCCUGUGGUUUCAUAAAAUUUAAAAUGGGAGUUAUUAGAAAGAGUGACCCAAAAUUGGGAAAAUUUGACUCGUCGGAGGAAUCUUUGAACAUUCCUGACUCAAGUGAUGUUGAUCAUUCAGGAUUAUCACAUGAAGGUGCUCACUUUACCCCAGUUAACCAAACCGCAAGACGUAUUCGCAGUAGAUUACCCUCUGUACCAGUGUCAGUCUGCACCCAGAGAAAGCAUUUGGGCAAGAAGAGAUCUCGUCGUUACGAUAACGCAAACCAACUCAUGACAUUAUUGGAAGAGGAAGAGCUCGGAGAAGUGUCUAUCCAUGAUCUAGUCCAAAAUUCUAAUGAUGCUUUUCAAAAAUUAUUGGAGAAUAGGGACUGCCUAGAGGCCUGGGACAACUUCAUUCAAAGCAGCGAAGAAGUGCAGUUGAUGGUAAUUUCAGAUAAUGGUUUCUUUGAACGGCCUAGGAAGAAGAUGGCUUCUUUUCCUUCCAGUGGGCCUAAGACUGGAGAGCAAGCUUUCAGCAACAUCAAAACUGGUCUUCGCAGUGUCUUGAAAAAGAAUCGUAUACCAUUGGGUAUGCUGGAGUUUUUGGAAAAUCAGGUUGUAGACUUCUUCUCAAAAAUGCCAUGUGGGACUUACACUUCAUCAUCCCUGUCCAGUUAUGAGAGACUGCUGUUACAUGCUGUAUCCCAGUACCAUUUUCUUAAUUCAUGCAGUUUUGAUUCUGCAAAGGAAAAUCUUCGCCUCGUGAAAGUCUCCAAUCCCUAUGAAGUGUAUCGGGUGCCAGCAGUGCUGUUGGGGCAGUAUCUGGAAGACAAACGAAAGACAGCUUCAGGCAGCUGUUACCUAAAGUGGGCACCAUGAUAGAGUGGUACUUAAAUUCCUGGUUAUAUCAUUGUCAUUGAAUGAUUUUUAUUUAA